GAGAGAGAGAGCACUCGUGAGCUCGCUGUUGAAGAUCAUAUCCUGACCAGGAGGUGGUGCCAGUGAUCUUUCAAAUUGGCUGGGUGGUUAGAAUGUUGUGCUGCUGCCGCAUCAUCUGUGCUUUGAAGGGUCGGAAUUCGAAGAGAGAAAUUGCGCUCGGUAGCAGAUCAACAGAUAUAGAAAGAGGAGGGUCCCCGAUGCUCGGUCAGCUGUGAUUGCAUUCAUGGCGGGAGAAGUGAUCACUUCUUGAAAUGUUUUCGGUCUCAUCUAUCUGAUAAAACCUUGCCGUGAAUUGACCACACCAACCACAGAUUCCAAAACCCUUGUCAGAAUGGACGCUGUUUCCGCUGCUUUGGAAGAUUAUUACAACCAAGCUGAGUCACCACCAAUGAGUCCCACGUCGAUGAGUGCGAUGGCUUCAGCUGCUGAUACGAAUUGUAACUACCUGAGUCGAGCAGAAACAACUCCAGGGUUCACAGGGUUAAGGUCUCUUCAUGCUCUCUCUGGUCACAGUGAACCAACUGCCAAUUCUGAACGAGUUCAACAGAAGCCCGGGGAAGCCGUCCUCAUGAACCGAGUGAUGAACACCCGGGAUGCGGUUGCAGUCGAGAACACCGGUGAGCCAUCACUUAGUGAUAAGAAGGAGCCGUGUUCAACCAAGAUCCAGAAACCCACCGUACCGGAAAACUUCAGCAGGCUGGUGCCGAGGUCCAAACUUAAGGCAGUGAAGCAGUUCCUAUCAUCAUUUGAAUACAAGCAAACUCCUGCGACACACUUCAACACUCACAAGUUGCGACCUCUGACGCGUAUAAUGGACACUGCUAGAAUGAUCAUUUACUCACCACAGCCGAUAAAGUGUGUGGAGGCCGUAUUUCUUGCACUCUACCUCACUGCUGGUAUCCCAGAUUGUGAUCGUACACCUUUGGGAUUCAAGACCUCCUUAAAUGGACAGGUGUUUCAGCAUAUUGUACUUCUUGUUCAGUAUGGUGGCAAGUUUGGUGCUUUUGGUAUCAGUCGUCAGGCUGAUCUUAUGAACAAGGAUUUGACUUUCAACAGUAUCUCUGACAUCGUUGGAAACUACAAAGCUGCAUAUGAAGCAUCUGGACACACUAUUCUUAAAAUUCGAGUGGGCCUUCCAGUUGAACACAGAAUACAAUCACCAAACUAUGUUUGCUGGCGACACCUUUCGCUCAGCCCUGGCACACAAUCAUGGGAACAGUGUUGCGAGGCGCUGGAAAAUCAUGUGCUGAAGAAAAACAGACUCUGGGAUCUAUGGUUGCUUGUAGGGAAGGGGGGAGAUCCUAGAAGAAAAAGUCUGGAUCGUAAAGCAGCUCUCGACACCAAAGCGCUAGUGAAGGAUGGCAUGAAGAAAAAGAAGAAAGUUAGGACGCAGGACACAACCAUGAAAGCAUUUGCAGAGCGUGAGCAGGUGGUAACCAAACGCGAAGUACGGAGGGACUCAGGAAGUGUUCCCAGUCCGUCAAGUUACGCCGAAGCAAAAGCAAGCAAAGAGAGAAAACGCGGCGCAACUCUUGCUGCUACAAAAUCGCUGAUGAAGACCCGGUUGUUGCAAAGUAAAACGUCAUUUUUGAUCCGACAAUCUGUGGAGUAUGUUGGCCCUAAGUUAUUUUCGUACAGAACUAUCCCUCACAGCCGUGGUUCGUUGUCAAUACCGCAAACAAAAAGGCAUUCUAGAGUCUCAUUUAAUGUAGAUGACCGCAAGAAAGACAUCCCUUCCAAGGGGAAGGGGAAGAGGAACAACAAGCUGGUGAAAGACGCCUCACGAAAGGCAAGAAACUAGUUACCACUGGCAAACGGUUUAAGGGAAGGAUGCGACGUUGACAAGUUAAUCUACGAGUCUCCAACAUCUUUUCUGGAUAUCAUUUGCUUCAGGUUCAUUCGAGGUCAAAACAGGUGGUUUUAGCAGUUGAACCAAGUGGGUUAAGUUGGCGUGCUCCCGAAUAGAAUCCAAUUUUCCUCCAUUGAAGCCGGCUGGUGACAACUGCGCAAUCGUUCGAAUUAAAUUUCGUUCCGCCCACGGCCUGAGGAGGCUCGUUUGGUUGGUUGAGUCACGAUCAUAUGCAGUGCGAUUUCCGAACCUGAGCAGUUUCUUUACCAUCUAACAAGGAUGCUGAAUGUAAUUGAUAUCAAGAAACGAAGAAAGGUAUUAACAGGUUCAGCUCUAUCAACGUCGCAACGAUUUUUUCCACUAUUGAGCUCUAAACAUUUCUAUUACUGAAAAUGUGUCUCGUCGUCGCAAAAAGCUCUGCUCAGCUUAAUAGAAUAUGUAAUUUUUCGGAGAUUCGGCAGAAAUAACAUAGCAAUAAUUUUGGCUGUUCUUAACCCCAUGGAAGUUUGAAGUCUCUAGAAACGCAGGAGACAUCAAUUUUUGUAAGUACACGAAAGAAACAACCCAAUUCAUUUAGUUCGCCUCCAUUCCCAAAGAGAACUCACUUCAUUUACUCCCAACUUCCCUGCCAACCUGGGUGGAGAGAGUCUUUACUUCUCUCGGCGAGCAGAAGCCUCGUAUAAAGUUAGUGAAUUUAGAUGACUGAAACGCACCAGGUGACAGGAAAGUCACAAGUCCGUCUUUGCAACCUCAAUUUGACUAGAGCUGGAAAUGUCGUCUCCUCACAGCUGAAUGCACAUUUGCGUGAAGCAUAUGGCUUCAACCAAUAUGUCCUUACUUAACUGACCCAGAAGGGAAGAAAUAGAAAUGUAUACUGCUCCAAGAGAUGAAUGAUGAAUCUUGCCAACAUCCAGUGAAUCCUAUUAACAUCCUACAUAUGCCGGCCGC